AUGGACCAGCAACUCAUCAACCUCGUCAACAAGCUUCAAGAUGUCUUUGCCUCUAUCGGCGUGUCAAACAACAUCGAUCUGCCUCAAAUUACCGUCAUAGGCUCGCAGAGUAGUGGUAAAUCCUCUGUGCUUGAGAACAUUGUCGGUAGAGAUUUCCUGCCCCGAGGUACUGGUAUUGUGACCAGGCGACCCUUGGUCUUGCAACUCAUCAAUCGGCCAGCUACGAGCAAACCCAAUGGUACUGCCAAAGACUCAGAAAAGCCCGAAGAGGCCUUGGAGAAGGUGCAACUGAAUGAGAACAAUGCGGACGAAUGGGGAGAGUUUCUCCAUCUUCCGGGACAAAAGUUCCACGACUUUGCCCAAAUCCGAGACGAGAUUGUGAGAGACACGGAAAAGAUGACGGGCAAGAAUGCUGGUAUCUCGUCCAACCCCAUCAACCUCCGUAUCUUCUCUCCCAACGUCCUCACCCUGACUCUUGUCGAUCUCCCCGGUCUCACCAAGGUGCCCGUCGGUGACCAGCCGCGUGAUAUCGAAAAGCAGAUCCGUGACAUGCUCAUGCGAUUCAUCUCCAAACCCAACGCCAUUAUUCUGGCCGUCACUGGCGCCAACACCGAUCUGGCCAACUCUGACGGGCUCAAGCUUGCUCGGGAGGUGGACCCGGAGGGUACCAGAACGAUUGGUGUGUUGACAAAGGUCGAUUUGAUGGACCAAGGUACGGAUGUUGUCGACAUUUUGGCCGGCCGGGUCAUUCCCCUCAGAUUGGGCUACGUACCCGUGGUCAACCGAGGCCAGAAGGACAUUGACCAGUCCAAGACCAUUGCUUCCGCUCUGGACAAUGAGAAGCGCUUCUUUGAGAACCACGCUUCGUAUGCGAGCAAGGCUCAGUAUUGCGGAACUCCAUGGUUGGCGCGAAAGCUCAACAUUAUCUUGAUGCACCACAUUCGAAACACCCUUCCCGACAUCAAAGCUCGUAUCAGCCAGCAGCUCAACAAGUAUCAAACCGAGCUCACGUCUCUGGGCGGAGCUAUGGGCGAGACAAACCCCGGGAGUUUGGUGCUGUCGACCAUCACCGAGUUUACUUCUGAAUUCCGCUCUGCCAUCGACGGUAACACGAACGAUCUGUCUCUGAACGAGCUUUCAGGUGGUGCCCGUAUCAGUUUCGUGUUCCACGAGCUGUACAACAAUGGUGUCAAGGGGAUUGACCCCUUUGACCAGGUCAAGGACGGCGACAUCCGUACCAUCCUGUACAACUCGUCAGGUUCCACGCCUGCCUUGUUUGUGGGAACCACCGCUUUCGAGGUCAUUGUCAAGCAACAGAUCAGACGACUCGAAGAGCCCUCCCUGCGAUGCUGUGCUUUGGUGUAUGACGAGUUGAUCAGAAUAUUGGGUCAUCUCUUGGGUAAAUUCCAAACCUUCAAACGAUACCCCGAGCUCAAGGACCGGUUCAACCUGGUCGUGAUCAACUUUUUCAAAAACUGCAUGAACCCUACCAACAAGCUAGUCACCGACAUGGUGGCCAUGCAGGCUUGCUAUGUCAACACUACGCAUCCAGACUUUAUCGGUGGCCACAAAGCCAUGGCUUUGGUGACUGAGCGCAUCGCCGCCAACAAGCCUCCCGAGAAGCCCGUCGAUCCUAAAAAGAUUGCUCCCAACGCACUCAACAAUGGCAAGGAUCUGGACGCAGACUACAAGAAGGAUGAGGGUGGCUUCUUUGGCAGUUUCUUCAACAAGGACAAGUCGGCGCCCAAGAAGCGAUCUGCGGCUAUGGAGGCGCCUCCUGCGAUCAUCAAGCCUGUGGCAUCGCUCAAUGACCGUGAAUUGAUGGAGACGGAUGUCAUCAAGCUCCUCAUUACUUCAUACUUUUCCGUGGUCAAGCGUGAAAUGAUUGACAUGGUUCCAAAGGCUAUCACGUUCAACCUUGUCAACUUUGCCAAGGAGAAUCUCCAGCGCGAACUGCUUGAACACUUGUACAAGCCCGAAGUACUCGAAGAGCUGCUCAAGGAGUCUCCAGAUGUCGUGGCGAGGAGAAGGGAGUGUGUCAAGAUGGUGGGCGCCCUCAACUCUGCAGAGGCCAUUGUGGCUGCUGUCUAG